AGAGAAACAAUAUUCUCAAAUUACAGCACCGACUCUUGACUCGAACAUAAAUGUAUGGAUUCUGAUGGACAGCUAUCGAGUUUUCUCAGCAAGUUUACUCGCUGAAAGACCGUGAGUGUCAAGCGUCACUGUCAAUCUCGCAUUUUUUUUUCUUUCUUUUUUUUCGUGUGGUUGACAGUGACAUUAACACUCGCACUCUUGUCAGCUCGGCUGCAUCUGUACUUGUGGGAUGAUGACUGAGCUCAGGAUGGCAAAGAGCGGCUUAUUGGAGGGACUUCUGAACAGUCCCUAUAGCAAGCCUUUCCUCAAGAGACGAUGCCUCAGUGAUACCUCAGACCUGUUUGCCAUGAUUGAGCGGAUGCAGGGGUGCAGAAUGGAUGAGCAAAGAUGCCCCUUCCCUCCUCCCCUCAAAACAGAAGAAGACUACAUUCCUUAUCCGAGCGUCCAUGAGGUUCUGGGGCGCAGGAGCCCUUUUCCCCUCAUCCUGCUGCCCCAGUUUGGAGGAUACUGGAUCGAAGGGACCAAUCAUGAGCCUAAAGACCCACCAGAGGGCGAGCACCCUCCCUGUCCAGCCUCCCACGUUAAACUGGAGACGAACAGCACCGCCAAGAUCUACAGGAAGCAUUUCAUGGGCAAGGAACACUUUAAUUACUACACGAUGGAUGCAGCCCUCGGCCACUUGGUCUUCUCAAUGAAGUAUGAAGUCAUCGGGGAUCAAGAGCAUCUGCGCUUGAUGCUACGCACAAGGCAAAAAACCUAUCAUGAUGUGAUUCCCAUUUCUUGCCUUACCGAGUUUCCCAAUGUGGUCCAGAUGGCAAAGCUUGUUUGUGAAGAGGUGAACGUGGAUAGGUUUUACCCCGUCCUCUAUCCAAAGGCAUCAAGGCUCGUUGUCACCUUUGAUGAGCAUGUAAUCAGCAACAACUUCAAGUUUGGAGUCAUUUAUCAAAAGUUUGGCCAGACAUCAGAGGAGGAGCUUUUCGGGAACAUGGAAGAAAGUCCAGCAUUCGUUGAGUUCCUGGAGUUUUUGGGCACAAAGAUUGCACUUCAUGACUUUAAAGGCUUCCGAGGUGGUCUUGAUGUCACUCACGGGCAGACGGGGAUGGAAUCGGUCUACACAAAUUUCCAUAAUAAGGAGAUUAUGUUUCAUGUGUCCACCAAACUGCCUUAUACGGAAGGAGACUCACAGCAGCUGCAGAGGAAGAGGCACAUAGGCAACGACAUCGUGGCUAUCGUGUUCCAGGAGGAGAACACCCCAUUUGUACCGGACAUGAUCCAAUCCAACUUCUUGCACGCGUAUGUGGUGGUGCAGGUGGAGAACGCAUGCACGGACAAUGUAACGUACAAGGUGUCAGUCACAGCAAGAGACGAUGUACCCUUCUUUGGACCCGCUCUACCUGACCCCGCUAUCUUCAAAAAGGGGCCAGAGUUCCACGAGUUCCUCUUCACCAAGCUCAUCAAUGCCGAGUACGCCUGCUACAAGGCUGAGAAGUUUGCAAAGCUUGAGGAGCGCACCCGCUCGGCCCUGCUGGAAACAUUAUACGAGGAGCUGCACAUCAACAGUCAGUCCAUGAUGGGACUGGGCGGCGAAGAAGAUAAGCUGGAGAACGGGGGUGGUGGAGGAGGGGGCGGCUUCUUCGAGUCCUUUAAGCGGGUCAUCCGCAGCAGAAGCCAGUCUAUGGACGCCAUGGGUCUCAGUAACAAGAAGUCACACACAGUCUCCACUAGUCACAGUGGCAGCUUUACCCACAAUCCCGCAGAGAGCCCCAAAACCCCGGGGAUUUCAUUGCUUGUCGCGGGGAAAAGUCCCAGUAAAUAUGGACGCCGAGGCAGUGCCAUAGGGAUAGGAACAAUAGAAGAGUCAUUGAUCAUUCCUGGGAAAAGCCCCACCAGAAAAAAGUCUGGACCUUUUAGCUCCCGCCGCAGCAGUGCUAUCGGCAUCGAGAACAUCCAGGAGGUCCAAGAGAGGAGCCGAGAGGUCUCUCCCAACACGCAGAAGAUACCGGACUGCGGCCUCUUGUCACAAGAAACCAAAUCAGGCAACUCCUCCGCCCACAGUUCCCCGGAGUUUGCCGCCACGAAGAACAGUCUGGCGAUGUGUUGCAGGGCGCCUUCCAUCCCCGAGGCGCAGGACCUAUCUCGCUCCUCCUCCAAUGCCAGCAGCUUCGCCAGCGUUGUGGAGGAACACGAGGCCGAGGAGGAAUAUGAAACCGGACUGGAAAGCGUGUCUUGUGUUACCCCAGUAAAGAAAGACUCGUUCGUUUAUGGCUCUGCGGCGGAGGAGAGCUCCUGCAGCCCAGGAGGUUUCCCAGCAGCUUCUCGUCUUCAGCAUCAAGCAGACGGAGUGAAGACGCCGGAGCCAAAAGGGACGGACAGUCAGCCCAAGACGGAGAGCUCCCAGCAGGAGCAGAAGCUCCCAUCGAACUGUUAGCUGCUCUCCUCUCAUCACCACAUCGGCAUCCGUCUUCAGGAGAAAUAAAGACAACCCAAGGAGGGCAGGUGAAGUCCAAAUCUGAUGCAGAGAAGAAAUGCCGUUGGCCCUGACCUGGAGACUGACAAAGCCUCUCUUGAAUGUUUAACAACGAUCUGGUGUUUAUCACGACAGACAUUCAGCUCUCUGGACUUCUAUCGACCUCUCGCCCUCAUUCCGUCCUCCAUGUGGAAAAGCCUGCGCUCAAAGGGGAAGCAGCGAGCUUUCAAACUGACUGGCAUCGGGCAGCUGACUUAGCACAGUAAAUCUGCUCACCUGCUAAUUCUUCAGGCCAGUAACCAUUGAUUGUUGCCGUCAACAGACCCCAAAGACAUUGUGGCUCUUCUUCAAAACAUCUGAACGGGAACUGGGAUUUUUUAGUUUUCGUGAAUAAGAAGAUGACAGUCUGUGUGGUUGUGACGCUCACCAGGACCCAACAGACUGGGGUUGUCCAGCUUUUGUUGGGUCGCACGUCAACUGCAGUUUUGUAAAGUAGUUUAUUCCUUACAGGUUGCUCUUGUUUUAUUUUGUUCCGUUUUGUCUCACGCGCUUCAGAUCGUGAGCUCAAACUAAGGACACCUGGUUAGAUGCAAGUUGCCGUUUUCACAUGAUUUCGGUUAUUGACGAAUAAAUCAACAUCUUAUCCAAACUAACUUGGCACAAUGUCAAAAAUGAGUCCCACCUAGCCACCUAGCCACGGUAACUACUGCCAUCAAGCAUUUAGUCUUCUGCUGGUGAAGAUUCUCAGUCAUCCAGGUUAUGGUCAUUCCAACAAAAGUAAAAAA